AUGGUACAUAGUGGGAAUAAGGACGAUUUUGGGCAUACGAUGUGUCAUGUCAAGGAGCACGUGCCGGUCGCCUUGGAGGCGGCGACGCGGCCGGAGCGCGGGAAGGGUGCGAGCGGCGUGGACACAGUACCUGGCACUGUCGCUACCCCGGCACUCCUCACGCAAACGAGUCCUGCAACUAUUCACAAUUGUCGUAGAAACCGGCGUAAGCUCGUGCGAAUGCUCGAUUUACAACGUGUACGGCGACGAAGCGAGAUACGGAGUCAUGCGGUCAGCCAAAAGGACACAAACCUACUGGCGAGCUGGGUGUUGGUACGCGGGCGGGGCGGCGGGCGGGGGCGCGCCAUUGGCCCGCCGGGGCACGCCUCCGACGACGUCGCUGCCGCCGCACACACCGCGCCGCCGCUCCGCUUCACGCCGCACGAAGCCCGCUCCCACAUCAAACACUUCCAUACAACAUAUUCG